GGUGAAAGGGGCGUGGCUAUCCCUGUGAAAGCUGCAGGGCGGGUGCAGGACGCGGCGCGGCUGCUUCUCACUUCCUGAUCUUUGAGCACUCCUUAAAUAUGUCGUGAGACGAACCGGACCUUUAACAAUCUGGAGAGGAAACGUACUGAUUCGUCAAAGGCGCCGAACGGGUAAAGCAUGUUCCGGUGGCAGUAUCUGGCUCCACUCCUGCUCCUGAGCGUUCUGUUAUACAGAGCCGAGGAUUGUGACAGGUUUACAAAACUAAAUCUGGGCCAUGCGCUCAUCGGCACCAGCCUCAGGCUCAGGUUGCUGCUUUACACCAGGGAAAAUGGCAACUGCGGCACGCUCCUGUCCCACGUGGACCUGUCUCCCAGGCUGAACUUGACCAAACCCACGACCUUCAUCAUCCACGGGUUCCGGCCGACGGGGUCCAGACCGGUGUGGCUGGACGACAUGACCGAGGCGCUGCUGGGCAGAGGCGACGUGAACGUCAUAGUCGUGGACUGGAACCGCGGAGCGGCCGGAAGCUACUUCAGCGCCGUGGAGAACACAAAGAAGGCAGCAACCAACAUGACUGCGUUUGUUAGACUGAUGCAGGAACACGGUGCGUCUCUGAGCUCCAUCCACAUGAUUGGAUUCAGUCUGGGAGCUCAUUUGUCGGGUUUUGUUGGUGCGAACUUCAACGGUUUAAUAGGAAGAAUCACAGGUCUGGAUCCUGCUGGGUUCAUGUUUGCCACCGGCGGUCCUGAGGACCGCCUGGAUCCCACAGACGCUCAGUUCGUGGAUGUCCUGCAUUCAGACCUGGAUUUCCUGGGCGCCAGAGGAACCCAGGGUCACAUUGAUUUCUUUGCUAACGGAGGAACAGACCAACCUAAUUGCCCGAAGACAAUCUUUUCAGGCGAGUCCUAUUUUAAAUGUGACCACCAGAGAUCAGUGAUGCUCUACAUCGACUCUCUGACGCAGGUUUGUUCCAGCAGAGCCUACCCCUGCUCAUCCUACCAAGACUUUCUGAAUGGAAACUGCACGAGCUGUGAUGAGUUUGGUGCCGCUGGAUGCCCCGUCUUUGGCCACGACGUAAUAAAGUGGAAAGACGACCUGCUGAGGUUGAAAGAAACAAAAGCGUACUUCACAACAAAUGCAAAGUCUCCGUUCUGCAGGACAAACUACAGACUGGACAUACUGACGUGGAACACACACCGAGGAUACAUUACUGCCAAGCUUCAUUCUAAUGGCACAGAGGCAGUGGCCACUAUUAAUCAUGCAGAGUUAAAGUUCCAGAAGUACACCGAGAAAACGUUGUUGGCCCAGUUUGACAAAGACGUCCAGCCAGCGCAAAAGAUCACUCUCAAAUUCUCUCCUGUGAGCAGUUGUACUUGUUCUAAAUCUAAGCUCAGAGUUCUGAAAAUCCGUCUCACAAACCUGGAACGCAAGGAGAGGCCUCUCUGUCGCUACGACCUCCUUCUGGAGAGGAACAAAGAAGUCACCUUCAGGCCCAUUCCCUGUGAAGACUCCAACUUUUAAAACUUGAAGGCGAUCUGCCAAAUCACUACACUUACACGUACAUUUUAACGACGACCGUGACCUGUGAUGCGCUGUUGUAAAUAAUGAGUUUUGUUUGAAAGUUUUUACCGACAGAGAUUUCAACUGCAUUUCAUUCAUAAAUAUGGAGUGAGAGUUUGCGUUAUGGAUGUGUUACUACAUGUAUUUUCACUGUUUAUAUGAAUAUUUUAAAUGAUUAUUUUUCAUGUGUCAAAAUGUUUUCAUCUUUUAUUAAUAAAAGCAGUCAAAUUUAAAAAAGG